GGCGGCCCGGUGCGUUCGUUCAUUGCAGAUAAAGCCACGAGCCAGCUCCUGCUGGAGACAGACUGGGAAUCCAUCCUGCAGAUCUGCGACAUGAUCCGUCAGGGAGACACCCAAGCGAAAUACGCCGUCAAUGCCAUCAAGAAGAAGGUGAAUGACAAGAAUCCCCACGUGGCCCUGUACGCACUGGAGGUCAUGGAGUCGGUCGUUAAAAACUGUGGCCAAACAGUCCAUGAUGAGGUGGCCAAUAAACAGACCAUGGAGGAGCUGAAGGAAAUACUCAAGAGGCAAGUGGAGACGAGUGUCCGCAGUAAGAUCCUGUACCUCAUCCAGGCCUGGGCUCAUGCCUUCCGCAAUGAGCCCAAGUACAAGGUGGUGCAGGACACCUAUCAGAUAAUGAAGGUUGAAGGUCACGUCUUCCCAGAGUUCAAGGAAAGCGAUGCCAUGUUUGCUGCAGAGAGGGCUCCAGACUGGGUGGAUGCAGAAGAGUGUCACAGGUGCCGCGUGCAGUUUGGCGUUGUGACACGGAAGCACCACUGCCGGGCCUGCGGGCAGAUCUUCUGUGGAAAAUGCUCCUCUAAAUACUCCACCAUCCCCAAGUUUGGGAUUGAGAAGGAAGUGAGAGUCUGUGAGCCCUGCUAUGAGCAUCUCAACAAGAAAACUGAGGGUAAAGCUGCUGCCGCCUCUGAACUGCCCCCUGAGUACCUGACCAGCCCCCUCUCUCAGCAGUCCCAGCUGCCUCCAAAGCGUGAUGAGACAGCUCUGCAAGAGGAAGAGGAGCUCCAGCUGGCUAUUGCCUUGUCUCAGUCAGAGGCUGAGGAGAAGGAGAGAAUGAGGCAGAAAACAACCUACUCCAUGUACCCUAAGGCUGAGCCCACUCCUGUCACGUCAUCGGCUCCCCCAGUCAGCACGCUCUACUCCCCACCCGUGAAUUCCUCUGCUCCCUUGGCUGAGGAUAUUGACCCAGAGCUGGCUCGGUACCUGAACCGCAACUACUGGGAGAAGAAACAGGAGGAGGUUCGCAAGAGCCCCACACCAUCAGCACCCCUGUCCCUGACAGAGCCAGCUGUGCAGCCUGGGGAGGCCCACCCUGCCCCUCUUGGGGUGGUUGAGCAGCAGUACCAAAAUGGUGAGUCCGAGGAGAACCACGAGCAGUUCCUGAAGGCACUGCAGAACGCAGUCACCACGUUCGUCAACCGCAUGAAGAGCAACCACAUGCGAGGCCGCAGCAUCACCAACGACUCUGCCGUGUUGUCCCUCUUCCAGUCCAUCAACAACAUGCACCCGCAGCUGCUGGAGCUGCUCAACCAGCUGGAUGAGCGCAGGCUGUACUAUGAAGGCCUGCAGGACAAACUGGCCCAGAUCCGGGAUGCACGUGGGGCUCUGAACGCGCUGCGGGAGGAGCACCAGGAGAAGCUGCGCCGUGCAGCGGAGGAGGCAGAGCGGCAGCGCCAGAUCCAGCUGGCACAGAAGCUGGAGAUCAUGAGGCAGAAGAAGCAGGAGUAUCUGGAGAUGCAGCGUCAGUUGGCCAUCCAGCGACUGCAGGAGCAGGAGAAGGAGAGGCAGCUGCGCCUGGAGCAGCAGAAGCAGACCAUCCAGAUGAGAGCCCAGAUGCCAGCUUUCUCACUGCCUUAUGCCCAGCUCCAGGCCAUGCCUGCAGCCAGUGGGGUGAUCUACCAGCCCUCUGGGCCCACCAGCUUCCCUGGCACCUUCAGCCCAGCUGGCUCCGUGGAGGGCUCUCCCAUGCACAGCGUGUACAUGAACCAGGCUGCGCAGGGGGGAACUGGGCCAUACACUGCCAUGCCUGUCACCGGGACUGAUCCCAGCAUGGUGAAUGCCUACAUGUACCAGCCAGGUGCCAGCAGUGGGCAGGGGCCUCAGCAGGGGCCGGCAGUGCCCACCACCACCCCCGCUUAUUCAUCCUACCAGCCCACACCCACACAGGGCUACCAGACUGCAGCCUCACAGUCGCAGAGCAUGCCAGCCAUCUCUCAGGCGCCCCAGUCGGGCACCAUGGGCUACAUGGGCAGCCAGUCUGUCUCCAUGGGCUACCAGCCCUACAGCAUGCAGGGUCUCAUGUCUGCCCUGCCAGGCCAGGACACAGCUUUGAGCAGCCUGCCAGCCCAGCAGUCCUACCUGCCGGGGCAGCAGCCCCUCUACCAACAGGUGGCCCCAGCUGGGGGUCCCCCCCAGCAGCAGCCCCCAGCAGCACCUGCUCCUGGGCAGCAACCCCCAGGCAGCGGAGAGGCCCAGCUCAUCUCGUUUGACUGAUCGCGGCCACAGGGCACAGGGAUCUCAGGGGUCCCGUGGGUCCAGUGAAACACUACUCUUCAUCCGAAAUCACUCUGUACUUCGACUACUCGUCCUGCCCCCGACCCCGUGUCCCAGGGGCGGUGGGGCCACAGGCUCCUACUGCCGGCUUUGGGGACCAAGGGGCAGGGUGCAGCCCCCCCAUGCCCUGCAGCCUGGGGCAGCCCGGCUCCCCGCGCCCACCCU